UUAAACAAUGAAAAAUUGUAACUGAUAACGCGGAUGUGUGAAAAAGUGUGUAAGCAAAAAUAUCAAUGGCAACAUUGUGUGGAUACAACCAAACACAUACACACACAAGCCGAUGUAUUGUGUAAAUAUGUAAUUAAAAGAACGCAGUUGUUCUCACGGGAUGAGUUUUUGUGCUCAUUAGGGGCUGCGCUAAGGGACUGCGUACGUUUUUCACUGUUUUCAGCAUUAGUUUGGCAUACGACAUACGAAUUCAUAUAAAAGGACGUGUGGAAAGUGGAAGGAUAUCAGUUGCGUACUGAGUAUCAAAACUCAAACAAGAAUAUUAUUGAAUAAUCGGAAGCUCACAUUUUUAAAUAUGAAUAAUGUUUUAAUGUUUUGCAUUAUAUCCACGUGGAUUUUGCGAUAUGCAGUCGGUUAUUAUAUUAAACCAAAGGCAGAGGAAACUAAACAUCUCAGAGACGAAUGGAGUGUCUUCCAACAGAAGUUGGGACUUUCACAGCGUAAAGUUGAACAAUUGAAGUCGAAAAAAAACUGGUUAGAUACAAUGGGCCCCUUUCAUCGCAUUAUUGAAGCAAACCCCAAAUAUUUACUUAUGAAUGAUAAGAAAUUUGAAUUGAAUGACGAUGAAAACAAGACAACUAAAUAUUUAAAACGUUCUCGACGAAAAAUUGCCGUGAGAAUGGUGUCGAAUAUUCCAGCUGAAAAAAUCGACGAGUUGCUUAAAGCCUUUAACCGUCAACAUGAAAUCGAAGAUUCAGAUUUAGAUGAAAAUAUCGAAGAGUCAAGUGAAGAUUAUGAUGAAACCGAUUAUUCUAAUUCGAACAAACCUUUUGCGUUAACGUCUGCUCUGAAUCCUGAUUAUAUGUAUGAAAAUAUAUAUGAAGAUGUUCAAGACGCUGCAGCAUCCACAAAUAUUAAUACGGAUUCAGAAUUCACAUUUCUUCAGGACCUUAUAUUGAAAGCGAACGGAAACCGAUGGCAAUAAAACACGUUAAAGAAUAUUGGCUACAGCAGGAAUAGUUUUUUAUUAUUAAAAGAAUAACUAACUUAAAUAAGAAUGCUGACAUAGGUGAUAUAUAAUAUACAAUUUAUAAAGAUCUGUGAAAUAGUAUAAGUGAUAUAGUUCAAGCCAUGCCUGAUACUUAAGUCUAACAAUAACCACAAUAACCUAUAAAAUAACGUUUACAUUCUAAGUGAAUAUAUGUAGAUGUUGAAAUCUAUGUUACUAAUUUAAUUGUUUAAGUUUGUAUAUUUCGUUGUGUACUUGUUUGCUAAAUAAAAAACCCAAUAAGUGAAAUUAACCAAAACAA